AUGAACGAAUUUGACCAGGAUAUUUUUCGUCAAAAGCUCUACAAUUGGAUAAUCCGGACCGAUCAAGCUUUCCAUGUCACUGAGCAGGCAACCUUCCAAGAGAUGAUCAAGUAUUGCAAUCCUCGCGCGAAAGUUUUGGGAGGGGAUACAAUCAAGCGCGAUUUGAUGGAUCGUUUUGUUGAAAACCGAACAAUCUUGUCGAAUGAGCUUUCAGCAUUGGAGAGCCGCAUCUCAAUCACAUUGGAUAUGUGGAAAUCAGCUGGAAAUGAUGACUAUAUGGCUAUAACAGGUCAUUACAUUGAUGAUAAGUGGAGCCUUCAGUCGCUACUUUUGGACUUUGUUCAUAUCGAAUCAUCGCAUACUGGCGAGAACAUGGCAAGAGCGUUUAUGGAUUCAAUGAACGAAAUGCAAAUCUCAUCCAAGGUCCUCAUGAUUGCUACGGAUAAUGCGUCAAAUAACCUCACGAUGAUGCAGAAAUUAGAAGAGCUUUGGCCACCCCAGGGGAUUCAAUUCAAGGCGAAGGAACAGCAUAAUAGGUGUAUGGCUCACAUAAUCAAUCUCGCAGUACAAGCCGCUCUCAAGGAAUUGCAAUGGACGCCAUUUGAUGUUGAUACUCAAGGAAAUCCAGUAUUUGAUCGUAACAUGGAACAUCAAGAAUCCCAACUAAGAGAGGAUACUACGAGUGUUACCAUUGAUGAGCUCGGGACCCAAAAUGGUGGCGAUGAUAAUGAAGAGACGAGCGGUAAUAGUGAUGUGGAUAGCCAUGAUGACGAUUAUGGGACCACCAGCAGCGAUCACCAAGUACCUGUGGUGAUACAGAAGAAAGCAUGCACUGAAAACAAGCUUGAUUUCGUCAAGCUCGCGAUGGAUGUCCCAACUCGGUGGAACAGCACAUUCCUGAUGAUCAAUACCGUCCUACGCAUGGAAAAAGCUGUUAAGUCGACAAUACAAUUCCACAAUGACCUCAGGCCAAUGGCUUUAUCUGAUGAGGAAUGGGCUUUAUUGAGAAGCCUUUCAAGUAUACUGAAGAUGUUCUAUGUCGCUACUAACCGCAUCACGGGCCAAAGCUAUCCUACCUUGGGCACAGUGGUUCCUGCCUUCAAUUAUCUCUUUGACAACAUUGAAAAAAUAAUCGCCAGACAAAAGCCGUACGAACAUAUAUCCGAUGACAUCCAUGCUGCUGCUAAGAAGGCAAAUGAGAAGCUUCUCAAGUACUAUGUGAAGACUGACUUGUCUCCUGCAUGUGCUAUUAGCACAGUACUUGAUCCUCGGUUAAAGCUACAAUAUUAUCAACGUCACCAAUGGAAUGAAUGGGUCGCUAAAAUGGAGAAACGUGUUGCAACUGUGUACGAAUUUUACUCUCAAAGGGCUGGUGGUGCGCGUGCGCGUGUGGAAUGUACUGCAUUGGAAGUUGACACCUUGAUCGGUGAUGUUGAGCAAGACUUUGAUCUCCAUGUGUUUGGCCACGCUCCAACAACUACAUCAAGUGAGCUGAAUGAAUAUCUAGCUGAACCUAUUCGGCCAACAUCAACUGAUCCACUUGUAUGGUGGAGCUCAGCAGAGAAGCAAUUCCCUACAUUAGCAGCAAUGGCAAAGGAUUACCUUGCAGUUCCCGGAUCAAGUGCACCGUCUGAGCGAAUCUUUUCCCGGGCCCGAACGCUGCUACGUUGGAAUCGUAGCGCCAUGAAGCCUGCUACUGUGCGUGCCGCAAUGUUGGAGAAGGAUCGCAUCAUGCGUAAUGAAAAAUAG